AUGUCAUCUAGACGAGAUGAUAAUACUCAACAAGUAUAUCACAGAUCUCUAUCUCUAAUUAGACAACCCUCUUAUUUGGAGAAUAUUGACUCUAAUAAAUAUUCACUUCCAAAAAUCCAUUUGGACGGUACUUCUGUCGAAAAUAGACGAUCAUUUGUUGACAAAGUCUCUAGUUAUGUCAUUUCUAAUAAACUUGACAAAAAUGAACAAAAUUUGUCCAAAUAUAAAUGGGUUAUAUUUUUUGAUGGAUUGCGAAUUUGGAUCAAAACAAACUAUAUUCAACCAGUGUUAUUUAGUAAAGUAUGGGUUGUAUCAAAUCUGCUUGUAACACUACUUUGGUUCAUAGUUUGGGAAUGGGCAGCAAAAUUUAUGGAACGAAAUGAAGGUGAUUUUAAUUUACUGAGUUGGAGUAUGGACAAAAUUCCUCACUCUUAUUGGUACCUAGAGGCAUCAUUUCAACUCAUUUUUUGCCUUAGCUUUAUCCUAAAUUUGUAUGUUUCCGACUGGAGAUGUAAGUAUAUCUUAUCAUUUUUUGGUUUAAUAGAUAUAAUAAUGACGCCCAUCUUGACAGAAAUAAUGGGACAUAUUUCCAACCAUUAUGGUUUAAUAAAACAAACGGAAGGAUUCCAAAACUUGGGAUUAUUGUUCUUUGGCUCAUUGAGGUUUUUGAGGUUACUGCAAGCAGAAAGUUUGAUAAGUAAGAGUUUUAACUGGCUACCGGAAUUCUAUGUUGCUAUUAUUGGAAUUGCAACUGCUAGUUUUGCUCUACUAUUUUCCUAUUCUGGUAUAAUUUUCCUGAUUGAGGCUCCUAUACCAAGAAAAAAUUACACAAAACCAUUUGAUUUCAUAUUUUUCGGUGUUGCAACAAUGGGAACUGUUGGAUAUGGUGACUUUGUUCCUACAACUGUAUAUGGUCGCAUUGUUUCAAUAUUUUUCAUACUUACCUGUGUUACAUUGGGAGCUAUUCAGUUCAAACGUUUGAAGGCUGUGAUUUCUAAAAAAAAUUUAAUGAUAGGAUAUGAUCUUGAUUUAAGUUAUGACUAUAUAUUCUUUUGGGGGCCAAUAAGUGACUGCCAAUUACUUACAUACUGUAAAUGUAUCUCAAAUACGUACUACGGUGCCAUUGAAAAUGUAGUUGUAGCCUCACCUUUACCCUUGGAUUAUUAUGAAAUUGUUUAUAUGGCCAUAACAAAGAAUACAAGGAUAAAACUUUAUAUAAUAGGUGGUAAUGAGAAAAUCAUAGGCCCAUCAUAUGCUUCGAAACUAAUACUAAGUUCUGCUUAUACUGUAAUUGUGAAUGAUAUGACGACGGUAGACAUCCAAAAUUUUUCAGAUCACCUCAUAAAUGAUGACAGAAAAACCAUCAUGAUGGCAUUAGCUUCGCUAAAUAUCACUAAACCUCUCGGGAUACCACUAGGAAUACAUCUACAUGGCACAGAAUAUAAGUCACUUCUUAAAGCGAUGAGUAUUGAUAAUGUCUUCUACGAAAGGGAACUUAAAUAUAAACUAUUUUCUAGAUCGGUUAAGUGUAAAGGGUUAUUUUACCUGCUUAUGACGUUAUUUUACACUCCUACAAAUGCAAAACGAACGCGGAUUUGUGUUGAAGAAUUGUGCAAUCUAUUUCUUUUGUCUGGGUAUGUGAAUGAAGAUUUUAAUGAAAAAGUAAAUAGUGAUGAAGAGGCAUUAAAGAUAUCCAUAUAUGAUGUACAAAAUCAAAUGUUUGAAUUAAUAAAAGGAAUGAAAUUCCAACUCUUUAAAUUCAAGUUCCCAAAGGUUGCCAAGGGUUGGAGAUUUCAUGAUUUGGUUACACAAUUAUAUAGUAUGAGAAAUGUUUUUCUUAUUGGUAUAGUUUCAGGUAACACAUGUGUUCUAAAUCCGACAGAAUAUAUCAUUGGUGAUGAACUAAACUAUGAUGAUCAAGAUGAAUACUAUGGUUUGAUAAUGGCAGAAUCGUUACGUGAAGUUUUAAAGGUCUCUCUACUCAACUUCGUACCAAAUGACUCAUUUUGUAAAAAGGAUCUAAUGUCCGGGAAAAUUAUGAAGAGAGCGUCUUCAAUUUCCAACUUACCCACGGUUUCUGAGACUAAUAAUACAACUGAUGCACCAAAAUAUAGAGGAAUAUUUAAAGUUCCAAGUUUUAGCUAUGCGCAAUCAAAUGUCUUCAUUCAUCCACAUCAAAUUUUGCUCAUAUGCGGUUGGACACAUGAUUUAGAUAUGUUCUUGAAAAUAUUGUUUGAAUAUAAUGAUUAUAAUGUAAUUAUACUUUCUCCAUUUGAAUCAGUAGAGGUAGAAAGUCCAAAAUCGUUGGAUGAAUAUGUUGAAAGAACAGUAUAUAUAGAUGGAUCUGCAUUAAAUGCACAAGAUUUGAUAAACUCAGGGGUAUAUUCUUGCGAAAACAUAAUCAUUUUCAAUUGUAAUCAAAAUACAGGUAAACCAAACUCUGAAAUGUUAUCUAAAGAUUCUCAAGUUUUGUUUGCUCGUAAUCUAAUACAACAAAUCCUUAUGGAACAUCAAAAUUAUAAUAAGAAAAACAAAAUACCGCACAUUAUAUCGGAUGUUACUCACGCCUCCUGUUUGGAAUAUCUGGAUCCAUACCUCAUGGCAAAUAUGAAUAUUUCCUGUGAAAACGAUGCAACGAAUAGAUAUUGGGAUAAUUAUGGUGAAUUUAUGACUAGUUACGAAAUAGCUUCUGGUACAAUUUUUAUUCAAGACAUGUUUUAUGGUAUUCUAUCCCAUUCCAACACGAAUUCAGAAAAUUCAGUUGGACACAAUUGUUUGGAUUCUAUAUUGUUUGGCGGAGAAUUAAGCAUAGGCAACCGAAUAGUAAAAGGAGGAGAUAUUAGACUAGAACCAAUAGCUAUCUCAUUUUACGGGAAAACAUUCGAAAAUUUAAUAAAGUAUUAUCUAUUGGUUGAGCAAAGAAUAUGCAUUGGUAUUCUGCGUACUUACUUUAUGCCAUUUAUAAACCAUGGAACUAUAAAGCAGUUUGUCAUCGUGGCUCCUCAGCCAUCGUUUAUACUACAACCAAACGAUAAAAUAUAUAUUGUAGAUAAAUCGACAUUAAAAUUUUGA